AUGUCUCAACAAAAGUCAGCUAUCCUCUCCGUCUAUGACAAGACCGGACUGCUUGACCUGGCCAAGGGCCUGGCCAAGAACAAUGUCCGUCUGCUCGCCUCCGGUGGCACUGCCAGGAUGAUCCGUGAGGCAGGAUUCCCUGUCGAGGACGUCUCUGCUAUCACCCAUGCUCCCGAAAUGCUUGGUGGCCGUGUCAAGACCCUCCACCCCGCUGUCCACGGUGGUAUCCUCGCUCGCGACAUUGAGUCCGAUGAGAAGGAUCUGGCCGACCAGAAGAUCGCGAAGGUCGAUUUUGUUGUUUGCAACCUUUACCCCUUCAAGGAGACCGUCAACAAGGUCAAUGUCACUAUCGAAGAGGCCGUCGAGGAGAUCGAUAUCGGCGGUGUGACCCUCCUCCGUGCUGCGGCCAAGAACCACGCUCGCGUCACCAUCCUUUCCGACCCUCAGGACUACCCUGAGUUCCUCAAGGAGCUCGAUGCCGGCGAGAUUACCGAGUCCAGCCGGAAGUUGUAUGCCCUCAAGGCCUUCGAGCACACCGCAGACUACGACACUGCCAUCUCUGGUUUCUUCCGUAAGCAGUAUGCGGGCAACGGUGAGCAACACAUUGCUCUGCGUUACGGUACCAACCCCCACCAGAAGCCUGCUUCGGCAUACAUGCUCCAGGGCAAGCUUCCAUUCAAGGCCCUGAACGGCUCUCCCGGUUACGUCAACCUGCUUGACGCUCUCAAUGCCUGGGCUUUGGUCAAGGAGCUCAAACAGGCACUGGGCUACCCCGCUGCGGCUAGCUUCAAGCAUGUUUCCCCCGCUGGUGCUGCCGUCGGUGUGCCCCUGAACGAGAAGGAGCGUAAGGUCUACAUGGUUGAUGAUAUCGCUGGUAUCGAGACUUCUGGUCUGGCUCAGGCUUAUGCUCGUGCCCGUGGUGCCGACCGCAUGUCCAGCUUCGGUGACAUCCUCGCUCUCAGUGACGUUGUUGAUGUACCCACUGCCAAGAUCAUCUCGCGUGAGGUUUCGGACGGUGUCAUCGCCGCAGGCUACUCUCCUGAGGCUCUUGAGAUCCUCUCCAAGAAGAAGGGUGGCAAGUACCUCGUGCUCCAGAUGGACGAGUCCUACGUUCCUCCAGCCGAGGAGACCCGUACUUUGUACGGUGUUCAGCUCUCUCAGCACCGCAACGAUGUGGUGAUCUCUCCCCAGAAGACCUUCAGCACCAUCGUGACUCCUAAGGACCUCCAGAGCCUUCCUGACUCUGCUUUGCGGGAUCUCACUGUAGCCACCAUCGCUCUGAAGUACACUCAGUCCAACUCUGUCUGCUACGCCCUCAACGGCCAGGUUGUGGGUCUGGGUGCUGGCCAGCAGAGCCGUAUCCACUGCACUCGCUUGGCCGGUGACAAGGCUGAUAACUGGUGGAUGCGCUUCCACGACCGUGUCCUCAACAUUAAAUGGAAGAAGGGCACUAAGCGUGCUGACAAGGCCAACGCCAUUGACUUGCUCUGCUCGGGUAACACCCCUCGCAACGAUGCAGAGAAGGCCGAGUACGAGCGUGUCUUCGAAGAAGUCCCUACUCCAUUCACUCAGGAGGAGCGGGAAUCCUGGCUCGAGAAGCUGAGCGAGGUUGCCGUCUCGUCCGAUGCUUUCUUCCCUUUCAUCGACAAUGUUUUCCGCGCAGCCCGCUCCGGCGUUAAAUACAUCGCUGCUCCCAGCGGUAGCCAGAACGAUGGCCCUGUCUUCGAGACUGCGGAGAAGCUUGGCAUUGUUUUCGUCGAGCAGGGUACUCGUCUCUUCCACCACUAG